AUGGCUGAGGCGGCGGCCGGGCCGCGGCCGGAGGCCUGCCCAGGGACCAGCAGCGCCCAAGCGGGCAGGGCCGCCGCCUGCCAGGGAUGCCCCAACCAGAGGCUCUGCGCUGCCGGCGCCACGGCCCCGGACCCGGCAGAGGCGGCCGAGCUGCGGGAGCGGCUGCGCUCGGUGAAGCACACGAUCCUGGUGCUCUCCGGGAAGGGCGGCGUGGGGAAGAGCACCUUCAGCGCUCUCCUGGCUCACGGGCUGGCGGCGGACGAGGCCAAGCAGGUUGCUCUGCUGGACAUAGAUAUCUGUGGGCCAUCAAUCCCUAAAAUGAUGGGUCUAGAAGGCGAACAGGUUCAUCAGAGUGGAUCUGGAUGGUCUCCAGUGUACGUUGAAGAAAACUUAGGUGUUAUGUCUGUGGGGUUUUUGCUUAGUAGCCCUGAUGAUGCUGUCAUCUGGAGAGGACCGAAAAAAAAUGGGUUGAUCAAACAAUUUCUUCGUGACGUGGACUGGGGUGAAGUCGACUACCUGAUUGUAGAUACGCCUCCAGGAACAUCAGAUGAACACUUAUCUAUUGUGCAGUAUCUCAGCGCAACGCACAUCGAUGGUGCUGUUAUAAUCACUACCCCUCAGGAAGUAUCGCUUCAGGAUGUUCGGAAGGAGAUCAACUUCUGUCAUAAAGUGAAACUGCCAAUCAUAGGUGUUGUGGAAAAUAUGAGCGGCUUUAUAUGUCCAAAGUGUAAGAAUGAGUCUCAGAUCUUUCCCCCAACUACUGGAGGUGCAGAGAAGAUGUGCCAGAACUUAAAUGUUUCCCUCUUGGGUAAAGUGCCUCUAGAUCCUCAAAUAGGAAAAAGUUGUGACAAAGGCCAGUCAUUCUUGUCUGAAGCACCUGAGUCUCCAGCUACAUCGUCUUACAGGAAUAUCAUUCAAAGAAUUCAGGAAUACUGUGACCAACACCAUUUUCAAGACGAAAAGAAUAUCUGAUCUACGAAUGGAAUAAAAAUGUAGUUUGUGUUUAAUUAUAGAAAAGUAACUUAUGCCUUGAUUUAAUAGAAGGAAUGUAUUCUUUUUGUAUAUUGCAAAUAAAUUCAUAAUAUA